CAAGUUACAUUGGAUGAUUGGAAGGGGAAAUGUUGACUCCUCUGGAUGAGCCACACGCGUCCCCCUUUUUCCUGAAGGGUCACUUCUUCCCUACUUCCGCGCCAGCCGGGAGAGGCCGCCAGCCGAUUAUCCAAUUAGCAGGUCUACCUCAAUCAUUGUCACGGUUCUUCCCCAAUUAGGCCGCAACACGUGAAUUCAAUCCCCUUCUUAUUCACCGCCGCGUCGGCGAUGCAGAUGUGUGUCAUCACAAUAACACAUUUGUGCACGCCCGAGGAAGUAAAUACAGUAUGCACGCUCUGGUGAACGCCUUCAUGCGUUGCCUCGCCUUCCUGCUGCCCCCCUCCUGGCUUUGUGUCAGCCUCUGCUUGUGGGCCAGUGAGUGCCGAGACACGCCGCCACGGCCCAAUCCCAGAGCUCGCUUCGGAGCCACAAAGCCUCUUACAUAUGAGGAAGUAGCUGCAGUACACGGCGGUGGCGGUGCUGCUGCUGCCUCCUCCCCUUCCAGCCCGUCGUCGGCCUCUCCCGCUCCAGGCUGCGUCUGGCCGGCUCCGCAGGCCGCUCCGUCGGACGCUCGGAUCUGGAUCGGGGUCGCGUGGCAAGCCGUGGAGCGCGUCUUGGGAGCUCCGUGGGUUCUCCUGCGCGAGAGUAGCCGUCGAGCGGCGUCGCGUCCUGCCCGCCUCCUCGACUCCAGCUCGGCUUCCGGAGGCGCCUUCGCCUACUCCGGGGAGAACAUGAGCGCGACCGCGGGGAUCCCCAGCCCGCGCUCCCCCGACUCGUCCGAGGAGGUCAUCACCGUGGACCACCGGCUCUCGCAGGAGAUGGGCACGGUGACCAUCACCGUAGCCAUUCAGGCGGCCGAAGACGAGGAGCCGGAGGAAUUCUCGCCAGGGCAUGUCGACUUCAUCGGCGGCAGCUGCAGCGAGGAUGAAUUCGGCAGGCACGACAAGUCCAGUGGUGCUGGGACCAGCGGUGGGGAGCUCGAGGAAGAGAGCUGGCAGCCCCCCGACCAGGAGCUCAUCCAAAAGCUAGUGACCCAGAUCGAGUACUACCUCUCGGACGAAAACUUGGAGCAUGAUGCCUUCCUGCUCAAGCACGUGCGGCGCAACAAGCUGGGCUUUGUCAGCGUCAAGCUGCUGACUUCCUUCAAAAAGGUGAAACACUUGACCCGCGACUGGAGAACGACCGCUUUUGCCCUGAGAAAAUCCAAGCUACUGGAGCUCAAUGACGAGGGCCGCAAGGUGCGGCGCAAGUCCGCUGUGCCGGUUUUCGCCAGCGAGUCGCUGCCUAGCCGCAUGCUGCUGCUGAGCGAGCUGCAGCGCUGGCCCGAGCUGGCCCGGCUCACGAAGAACGGAGGCGGCGAGAGCGGCGCCCCUCAGCAGGAGCAGCUGAUGAAGCUGCUGCUCAAAGCCUUUGGGACAUACGGCGCCAUCGCGUCUGUGCGCGUCCUCAAGCCCGGCAAGGACCUGCCGGCCGACCUAAAGAGGCUGAGUGGCCGUUAUGCCCAGCUGGGCACCGAGGAGUGCGCCAUCGUGGAGUUCGAAGAGGUGGAGGCGGCCGUCAAAGCCAACGAGGCCGUAGGCAGCGAGGAAGGCGGGAGUGGCUCACCGGGCUUGAAGGUGGUCCUGAUCGGCACCAAACCCCCGAAAAAGAAAGUCCAGAAGGAGCGGCCCAGCGAGGAGGCCCCCGCCACGGGGAUGCGCAAAAGCCGCUCACUCAACAGCCGAGUCAGAGAGCUCCAGUACCACGCCGACGACUCGGCCUGCAGUUCCUCGGACACGGAAAGCACGCCCACGUCGCCCCGGCCAGCCCGCAAGUCGCAGUCUUGCAACAAGCUAAGUCCAACGGCCGCAGGUGGGGCCUUCCAGAACAAUCACCUUUCGCCCCGCAACAGUCCGUGGUCCAGCCCCCGCGCCAGUCCCUGCGCCCAACGCAAAUCCCCCCACUCCCACAAAUCGCCCUUAGCCAGCCAGGGCCGGCUAAGCCCCGAGCCCGGGCGCCGCUGGGCCGACUACUCGUCCGACAGCAGCCUGACGCCGUCUGGCAGCCCGUGGGUGCAGAGGCGCAAGCAGGUGGCCUCGCAGGAGAGCAGCCCAGUGGGGAGCCCCAUGUUGGGCCGCAAGAUCCAGAAUGCGGACGGCCUUCCCCUGGGCGUCACCAGGCUCCCACGGGGCCCCGACGGAACCCGCGGGUUCCACUGCGGGCUGCUGGCCGAGAGGGGGGGCAAGAGUGCCUCUACCCAGACUUGAUGCAUCAAAAGCAUCAUGGUCAAACCAAACCUGAGCUUGCCCCUUUGUCUCUUAUUUGACAUUGAUCUAUUUUUGUUAAGUGUCUUGUUCUAUUUUUAUACAAAAUUUUGUGUUAAUAUGGCGACAUUAAUACUUGGCUAAUGGAAAUUUGAGUGCAUUUAACUAAUUUGUUGUUUCUUUCAGAGAACUUCCUGUACAUCCAUCUAAAAAUGUCAAAGGAGCUUUUUUUUUUUUUUUUUUUUUUUUCUCCCCCCCUCCCCUUUUUAAAUCGAAGUGUUCUGUCUUAAUGUGUGCAAACCUCACACAAUGGAUGGUGUAUUGUGUACAUGGAGCUCACCAUAUGCCUCCCCCCCCCUCCCUGUGUUGGUUUAUACACUCCAUUUUACAUGCUAUUUAAACCAAGGCCAUACAUGCUAUCAGAGGCUGGACAGUUCAUUUCUCUUUUAAUUUACACCUUUUUAAUUUAAUUUAAGGUAUUCAUUUGGCACUGGAAGGGUCUCCUUAAGCCAUAUAUUUGUUCAGCAUGCAGCUGCUUUUAUUUAUUCAUUUUUUUUUUAUAUAAAGAAAAACUUUUUCUCCUUGGCAUAUGAGUGAGGGCAGGGGAUGCUCAUGUUGGGCAAGAAGAGAUGCUCUUAUGUUCUUUCCUCUACACCUUAACUGGGGGUACUUGUACAGUGCAAAUCCAAUUGUGCAAAUAAAGUGCUAAAACUGCA